GGCAGGGUCUUCGGGGGUAUUAUUGUACAGUGCAAAUGAUUUGACGGUAGAGAACGUACCAACUGGUCUGCCUGUUGUUCCUGCGCGAUAAGAGGAAUUUAUGAUGGCACAGAUAGGAAAAUGGGUGAUGUUGGCUGUUUUAUGCGUAAUUGGAGAAAGCGUCCUCGGAGCCCCUACUAAGGGCAGGUACAUGUGGCUGAGAUGUCGCCCAGAUGGCAAGAACUCCAAUUGCGUUCAAGAGAAGGGUCCCAUCAUUAACCUGGAUAAAUUCCCAGAUGCCCCCAAAAAACUUCCAGCCAGUGCUGCCCAAGAAAUACUGCCAAAACUGACUGGCGAGGAACCAGACGAGCAGUCGGGCGACAAUGCCGAGGCUGGAAAGCACAUUCCUGCCUUCGCUGACCGUGGCUCCGGAGAAGACCUACUGGUCAUGGACAGCCCAGCGCAUGCCGCCGACGCCUUCAUGAGGCAAGAGGAGGGCUCGGGAAUGGAGUUUGGAAGUGGCUACUAUGAUUACAACUAUGUCCCAGAACCCGAACCCGAAGCCGAACCCGACUACUAUCAGCCCCAUCCGGAAGCCGAGCCCGAGCCCGAGCCAGAGCCUUACCCCCACCCAGAGCACUACCCUCACUGGGACGAGUAUGAGAAUUACAUCCAAUAGCUGGCUUGAGAAAUAAAUGCAAGCCAGUUUUUGUUUUGUUUUUUUUUCUAUUGGUUUUUGUUUAACUUUUGUUUUUGUUUUGUUUUUUGUUUUGGUUAUACAUUUCACAAAACACACCCCUCAGGAGUAAAUGUCACAUAGGCUAGGUAUAAAUUGUUUCCAGCCAGAAGCCAGUUUGUUUAGUUUUGAUACCAGUUACCGUUAGCCUGUAAUUCACCGAUGUGCUUUUUAUGCCACACUGUGGGUUUGCAUAUAUUAUGCCCAAUGUACAGUACAUCUUUAUGUAUUUUUAGUCUCUCUGAGGCACUCAAAGCUGCCUUUUCAACUUUGGCUUUAUAUUUGCCCCCUUGCUUACGGCAAAAUGUUAUUGUAUUUAAUGACAAACAUGCACUUUCCAGCAAACCAAAAUUGUGAGAUUUUUAAUCAAUAAGUUCAUUAUUCAACUGUAUGCUUAAUAGUGGGUGAACAUCUUUUGCUUGCAGUUUUCAUGUCUGUAUUUUUAUUUUUUGUUGUUGUUUUAUUUUGUUUGGAGUUCCUUAUAAACUAAACCAUAAUUGAGUAUUUCAUAUUUACAAUUAAGUAUUGUUACUCACUGCUGUGUUGUUGGUAACAUGAAUGAGUUGAGAUAUUUUGUUUGAGAGAUAGAGCAGUAUAUGUUGAACAUUGUACAUUUUGAAGUAUCGCAGGUUAUCCCUGUCAAACUUAUUUGGAAGAAGAAAUCUAUGCAGCAAACGCAACUCUGUAAGAGAGCACUUUAAAGAUUCAUAUUUUUAUUGUGGUUUAGUUUGAUUCCACUGAGAGAUGUGAGAAAACGAAACGAUCUUGUGGUGAUGUCAAGAGAUGUUAUUUCCCAGUCUGGUUCAUAAAUUCUAAUAAACCACGACUUGUCAUGACAUGUCAUUUCACUGCCUAACACAGCAGGUCAUACUAAAUGCAUUGUGUCACAUUUACAGUAGGCCUACUUAAACAGUUAUAUCCCUAUUAUAACAUUUUUUUUAAAAAAAGUGAACGAGCAAAUUAUAAAAAGGCAAUGAUGUGAAAAGUGUUCCAAAUGUUGCACUUGGUCUGAAGUAUUGUGCUCUAGCCUGCUUUUCAGAUGUUUGCUUCUGGUCUGAAAUGAGUCUCAAAAUGGCCGUUUCCUGUCUGAGGCGUAAUCUGUCGUCAUUUAAAUAUUAUCUCCACUUAGCUUCCUGAAGCUUGUCAUGGAAAAAAGGCAAGCUGGCCUUAAGUGCGAAGCUGAGUUGAAAACAGAAACGACUGCAGCUUGCAAAGGGGCUUUUUUUUUAAA